AGGCUCUUUUUCCUAGCAUCCAUCAACCACAAUCACAACGACAACGACAACUACCACUAACAUGCGCCCCGCGAUCGAGCAGGAAAAAAAGGGAGAAAAAAAAGGUCAAUUUUAUCGUGCGUCGACAGACUACGCCCCUCCCCCCCCCCCUUCCCCCCAUCACCCUCAUUGCCAGACGGGAACGUGCUGAACGUUUUUGACCAAAUCAUCCCCGGUGUACCUUACUCAUCACCACUCAUUCACACAGGCACACAGGCGUAUCCAGGAUGCUCUAUGUAUGUGAAAAUGGAAGGCUGUGGAAGAGGUGGCUGAAGAGGAGUGGAUGGGGAAAGGGGAAGGGAGCUGUAGUAUCGUUAGCCAUUCGUGUUCACCGGUUGUGCAAAUGGGGGGUUGGUAGUUGGUAGUUGUAACAAUGCAACGCGUUGGCGGACCAUUUCUGCAAUGCAAUGUUCCGUAAGAAAAGGUAGUUUAGAACAUCCCGUAUAUAUAUAUAUACACACAUACAAAUAUAUAUAUAUAUACAUCUAUAUAUAUAUAGAAUUCGAGGCGAGAUGAAAUAGUUUGAGUUUGUGUGAGAAGCGGUAGGGGAGUGGGUGGUAAGCAUAGAGAAAAACCGUAGCUCGUAGGACAUCACCUUUUGAAGUAGCUCAACUUUGGUUCACUCGGGUCCGGGUGCGGCGGGAAAAGUGCGGCGACCACCAACGAUUUGGCUGUUAGAGCUCUUAACAAAUUGCGGGAACAAAACCAAUACCAAACCAGAAACGACACAAACGUACGGCUUGCGGGCGUGUAUUACACGUUGAUAAUAAUAAUAAUAAUAAUAAUAACACCUUUUCCACUACCAAGGAGUCACUACUGUAGAUUAGGCAGACGAAAGGAGAAGAAGCGGGGUAGGAGCAGGAAGUGAGUGGGUUACUGAAGUUGAUUAGCCUAGGCAUAUACAUACUUACACCAACACUCACUCACUCUCUCUUUCUGACACACACACACUCAUUGUACUUAUCAGCUUACAUUUCACACAAUCUUCCGGUUCGCAUCGCCUGGGGGUAGAGCGCAGCCAUGCUGUGCAUUCAAGCAGCACACACACACACACACACACAGCGAUUACUGCUACCAUGCACGCCUCGCUAUUUCUACGGAAGGACACCAAAUGAACCAACAACAUGAACCACACGAGCACACACACACACACACACGCUCACCUCCUCCUAAGUGUCUGUAAGAGUAAUAAUAAAACAGAAAACGAA